AUGGGUCUCGACGAAAAGCCAGGUGUGAUCCUCGUCCACGGAGCGUGGCACACACCCGCCCACUACUCGAACGUGAAACGCAUAUUAGAAGGCCAGGCUUACCAAGUGGAGGCGCCUCAAUCUCCUUCUUCCAGUACGGUUGCUGUCGAGAGUCCUCUGGCGAAGGAUGUUGAGACCAUCAUUAAGUCCAUCGACAAAAUUGCGUCGACGGGAAAGGACGUCGUCGUUGUUAUGCAUAGCUAUGGUGGCAUCUGUGGAAGCGAGGCUGUCGCCGAAUUUAUGGAACAUCAUAAGGCUCACGCUGACAGUCAAUACGGCACAAUCAUUCAUCUCCUGUACAUCAGCGCAUUCAUCUUGCCGAAAGGUCGACACCUGAUAGAGGAUGGGAAUACCUCACAUGUGAUGUACAUUGAUGAGAACAAAGCUCACAAGGCAAUUCAAAUUCUCAAGGCUCAAGCGAUAGAGAGCUUCGCGACCAAGACUCAAUGGAGGGGAUGGGCCGACUAUGACAUUCCUGUAACUUAUCUCGCCGCCAAGCAAGAUAAAGCUCUUGUGUAUGAUCCGGACCUCCUCAAAUUCUCGACAAGAUUGAAGGAAGCUGGCGUGCGCGACCUUGCAACACCAGUACUUGAUUGCGAUCAUACGCCCUGGCUUUCGGCUGAGUCUGAGUUCAUGGCCAUUCUCGAAGGUGUGCUAAAGAAGCCUGGCCCCUCUGCUGUUGUUGGAUAA